GGUGGUGAAGAUGAAGAGGAAGAGGAAGAGAGUGAGAGAGUGGAAACCCUAUAUCUUAAUUGUGAUUGGUUAAUAAUAUACAAGGUGAGGUUGUCUUUGGAUAAAAUGAUUCGCAUGGGCAAUGAAAAUGCUCCAGUUAAUCUUGUUUCUUAUUAUCAAUAUGAUUUUGUUUCCCAUUGAAUAAACAACUAAAUGGCAACAAUCAAAUCAAAACAUUAAUCAACUAAAUUUAGUUUCUUCAUCUUCUUUAUUUUAACAACAAUGACAAUUAAACUCACCGUUAUUUGGAUUUAAACAACAAGCAAAAAUAAUUAACUUCAAUUUUUCAACUUUUUACUUUUCAAUUCUGGAGUAAAAAUCAAACACAAUCAACUCAUGGCUUUUAAAUUUAAUUUGGUUAACAAUUAACUGUGGUUAAUAAUUAUGUUUAAUGUCAUUAAUUUGGUUAGUGUCAAUAAUUAAUAUAUAUUCUAAUGAUUAAUUAAUUGUUUGUUCAUUGAUAAUUGACUUUCUGUCAACUUGUUACACUUUUGAUUGUAUCAAAUUUAAAAUCAACUUUAAUCGAGUUCCUUUUUAUUUUUAAUUGGAUUAACCAACUCUGUGUUAUGUGAAUCUAAAUGUCUCACCGAGAAUGUGUCCUAAAUUGUUUAUUCACCAUGGCCAAUCCCUCUAGUUCAAUUGAUUGGAAUUCAUUUAAUUACUCACUGCCCACCCCGUCGACAACACCUACAGGUAAUGGUUCAACAAACGGUGGCACCAAUACCUCAAACAGUGGUAACAAUGGAGGGUCAAGAAGUGCAAACGGCGUUUCAAAUGGUGCAGGUGGAGGGUCAAAUGGAGUCGGAGGUGGUGGUGGUGGUAAUAACAAUUCUAGUGGUGGAGGAAGUGGUUCAAAUGGUGGUAGUCCUGGUGAUUAUAGUGGUUCACCGGGUGCACCUCAGCCUCCCAAUCAACCGCAGCCUCAACCUCAUCCAGGGGCUGGUGGUGGUGGAGGAGGAGGAGGAGGUGGUGGUGGGAAUUCAGUUAAUGGACUUCGUGAGUUGUCAUCUCAAUGUUCAUACAAUAAUCAAGAAGCUUUUCUAGUUAAUGGGAUGAUACCUGGUUUUCAUCAUCAUCAUCAUCAUCAUCAUCCUGGCGCUAGUCCAAUAACUGCUGCCGCUGCUGCAGCUCAUUCAAUACAAUCACCUUUUCAUCCAAAUCAUCAUCAUCAUCAUCCAACGGUACACACACCGAAUCAUCAUCAUCACAAUCAUCAUGCCUUUACCACUUCUACUCCACCUCAUCAUACUCCCAGUGAUCCAGGACUUUUAGAUGCCGAUCCAAGGGAACUCGAAGCUUUUGCCGAAAGGUUCAAACAACGUCGCAUUAAACUCGGUGUAACCCAAGCCGAUGUGGGCCGAGCACUGGCUAAUCUUAAGUUACCCGGAGUGGGAUCAUUAUCACAGAGUACAAUUUGUCGAUUUGAAUCACUAACACUUUCUCACAAUAACAUGGUUGCCCUAAAGCCGAUUCUUCAAGCCUGGCUGGAAGCGGCUGAAGCUCAAGCAAGAAAAGUUCGAAGUCGAGAACCUCAAGAUUGUCCAAGUGUUUUACCCUCAAGUGAUAAAAAACGCAAACGAACCUCAAUAGCCACACCUGAGAAACGCUGUCUCGAAGCUUAUUUCACCACUCAACCUCGACCCUCCGGUGAAAAGAUCGCAGCGAUCGCCGAGAAACUUGACCUUAAAAAGAACGUGGUUCGAGUUUGGUUUUGUAAUCAAAGGCAGAAACAAAAGCGUAUGAAAUAUUCAGCAGUAAAUGGUAAUGGAAACAUGACCGGAUAAGUUACGAAAAAAAAAGAAACAACAAAAAAGGAAA